UUACACCAUAAUUGCCAUAUCAAUACUACAUCUCAUAUUUGCAUUGCCAAAGGAAAACGAAAAAACAACAUAUAUCGAUCAUGGGUUUCUAUAGAGUUUCAUUGUCACUCAUAAUUUGCAUCAUAGGCGUAGUAGCCAUGCUAGAGCCGUGUAGUGGCCAAGACUCCCCUCAAGACUACCUUGACGUCCACAACUGGGCCCGUGCUGAGGUGGGUGUCAGGCCUAUGGAGUGGGACGAAACCGUGGCAGCCUACGCACAGGAAUACGCCAACCAACGGAGUGGAGACUGUAGUCUCUUCCACUCCGGUGGGAACUACGGGGAGAACCUUGCGUGGGGCAGUGGUGACUUAUCAGCCGCCGAUGCUGUGUGGAUGUGGGUGGAAGAGAAGAGCAUCUAUGAUUACGACUCCAACACCUGCCUUGGUGAAAAUCCUUGGGAUUGCCUUCACUAUACUCAGGUGGUGUGGCGUGACUCUACUCGCCUAGGCUGUGCUAAGGUUUGGUGUGACGUUGGUGGCACCUUCAUCAUUUGCAGCUAUGAUCCCCCAGGCAACUUUAAUGGCCAGCGACCUUUUGCAAAUCUAGCUAAAGCCAUCUAAUAUUUGGAUGCUAUAAAUGUUUUUACUAUCCUAUUCUUGAAGUUCGUUAUUGAAUGGCAUGAAUGGGUCAUUAAUGGGAUAUAUCUUUUUACCAGUACCAACUUUGAAUAAGGAUGUUUCAUCUCGUUUCUAUUUUA